UUUUAAUUUUUCUUAAAUUGCUUAAUCCAAUUCUAGCCGCAGAAGAAAAAUUGGUUCCAGAAAUUAUUAAUUCUAGAGCUUGUUACCUAUUACUUAUAAGUUGUAAUAAUAAAAUAAAUAAAUAAAUUAAAACUUGGGUGGUCUACAUAAUUCAAUAUUUCUGCAAAAUUUUGAUCUUUUGCUUAUUAAUACCCAGUAUUUAGCCUCCAAAUGCAGCCAAAAAUGAGUUAACUGAGAUGUGCUUUGGUGCCUUUCCUCAUUCCUCACUCACAAACUUCCACUCGUCGAUAGGUUGUUUUAGGUAUUCAUGUGUUCUUUGUAAGUUGAAUUAUUAGUGGGGGUAAGGACUUGAUAAAGAAAGUAUGCAAAACGAUAGCAAUUCCAGUGCCCCAGGAACGCCUUCAGGACGGAUACGUCGUCGUAGAGGAUCAAAUGAGGUUCCUCCAGAAGUUGUCAAAGCAAAUGGAAACCAUUUGCUUGUUAACGAUCGAUCCAAGUACAAAUCAAUGCUGAUCCGUGCAUAUUCAUCUGUGUGGAUGAUUGGGGGCUUUGCUUUCAUCAUUUACAUGGGCCAUCUUUAUAUUUGGGCCAUGGUAGUAGUUAUCCAAAUCUUUAUGGCAAAAGAAUUGUUCAAUCUACUUAGAAGAGCCCAUGAAGACCGGCAGCUUCCUGGUUUCAGGCUAUUGAAUUGGCACUUCUUCUUCACAGCUAUGCUGUUUGUAUAUGGCCGCAUGCUAAGCCAGAGGCUUGUCAACACAGUUACGUUAGACAAAGUCCUGUACAAGCUUGUCAGCAAAUUUGUUAAGUAUCACAUGGUCACGUGUUAUUUCUUCUAUAUCGCAGGUUUCAUGUGGUUCAUUCUAACACUGAAGAAGAAGAUGUACAAGUAUCAAUUUAGCCAGUAUGCAUGGACACAUAUGAUUCUAAUUGUGGUGUUUACGCAAUCUGCUUUCACUGUUGCCAAUAUUUUUGAGGGAAUUUUCUGGUUCCUGCUUCCAGCUUCUCUCAUCGUGAUCAAUGAUAUAGCUGCUUAUUUUUUCGGAUUCUUCUUCGGACGAACUCCUUUGAUCAAAUUGUCCCCUAAGAAAACUUGGGAAGGCUUCAUUGGAGCAUCUGUUACAACCAUUAUCUCUGCCUUUCUGCUUGCGAAUAUGUUUGGUCGUUUCCAGUGGCUGACAUGCCCUAGGAAGGACCUAUCGACUGGUUGGCUUGAUUGUGAUCCUGGCCCACUGUUUAAACCAGAAUAUUUUACUUUACCAGAAUGGUUUCCUGCAUGGUUUCUUUCGAGAGAGAUUGCUGUUUUGCCUGUACAAUGGCAUGCUUUAUUGCUUGGCUUGUUUGCAUCUAUUAUAGCUCCUUUUGGAGGCUUUUUUGCUAGUGGCUUUAAGAGAGCCUUCAAGAUCAAGGAUUUUGGUGAUAGUAUACCUGGACAUGGCGGUAUGACAGAUAGAAUGGACUGUCAGAUGGUGAUGGCUGUGUUUGCAUAUAUCUAUCAUCAGUCCUUUGUUGUGCCACAGAACUUGUCAAUUGAGAUGAUCUUGGAUCAGAUAAUACUGAACCUCACAUUUGAGGAGCAGCUAGCUGUGUACUCUAAACUCGGGCAGAUCAUCCAGGAGAGGACGUUUGGAGAAUCUUGAGCAUUUCAGAUAAUCGAUGUACGAGUGAUUUAGCCUUUAGAUAAGAAUAUCUUGUAUAUCUUCUCCCCUUUUGUUUACGUAGGUUUCCCACUGGCCUUGACUUUUCACAAGCUGUACAGUGCUUGCUUCUCCUCUUUCUUCAUUUAGUUGUUUCGAUAGUUCAGUGAAUCUGUAUCUUCCCCAAAUAAUAGGCACGACGAAGCAUCAUUUGUGAAAAUUCCUGCGCCGAUCAGGAAAGUGAGCCAAUCCAAACCUUAUUGAUCUUGUUUCUGUGAGGAUUGACAAGGCUAAAUCUGCUGGUUGAAGAGAGCACGGAAUCAUCCGAAAGGGGAAGUUUCAUUUUAAGUCAUCUACGACGACGUUCUAAAGAUUGCUUUGACAGAAGAAAUGCAAUGCAUGUUAGAGUGUGGAGUUUGAAUUAAUGGUAAAAUUUCCCUUAUUACUCAGGAGUUUGGUGUAAUUGGCAGUUUUUGCAUAGUGUCACUGUUUAUUUAGUAUUUGCUUCUACUGGAAUUGCUACUAAUUUUUGUAAAACAGUUCCACAAGGUUUUUUCCCAGACUAUAUUUGAUACGCUGUAGGCAUUGUGUUACUGAUA